CCGACCGCGACGAAUUCAGUCGGGACCAACUCGCGGAGCGAACAUGGCAGUCGUGUUGAAUCUCUUAUUAGCCGUAAACCUACUUCGAAUUUCAUGGGCAUGCCCGCAGCACACGCGGCGACCCUCCCGCUCGGAGCCCUACGGCGGCCUGGUGGACACGCUGAGGUCCGGGGAGAUCAGAGACAUGAUGUCGCCCGUCAUCACACUUGCUACUAUUAAAGCGAAACUCAAAGAGACGGGUAUAUUUGACCCAGACAAUACUACAUUAACCGAUAGGGAGCAAAAAGAACUUAAGAAACUUUUUGAAACAAUUGAGAUUAUGAACACUUCCCGCGUGCGUCAGCCGUCAAACGUGCAAAGUGUGUUCAGCUCGCUGCGGAUGGUCGAGCGCGUGGUCAACAAGCAGACGAGGGACGGCCAGGUCUCCAAGAGCCUUGCUGACAAAUUCCAUUGGGAAAAAUUAUAAACUCAGGAUGAAGCAAUCCUAAAAUAGAGACCAACACUCAUCAGAAAGCGACGCGAGCAGCCAAUUUACCGUCUAGAUAAAGGUGGCAGAAUGAGAAUAUUCAAUCUAAGCUCAUAAGGUCUCUCACAUCAUACUCCAUAGGUUAUAUAGACAAUGUAGGUAGGAUAUCGUAAAAUAUAGCAUAUGAUAAUAAAUUUAUUGUUUUUGAUACAUUU